GAGCCGGUCAGAGCGGGCCCGGCGGGGCUCUCACGGGGCCAGGCGUUCCCGUUGGUCCCCGCGGAGGCGGGUCCGCUCCCGGGCCGAGGCUGAGCGGCCCAGGGGAGCUCGGGCACGCCUGUUCCUGUGGGCGCGGUGCGCGGGGAGCGCUGGCGCAGCGGGGCGGGAGUUUCAAACGCUGCGUGCGAGGACCCCGCGCGUCCGGGCGCUUCGCUCGCCGGCAGCGGCUCGGGGUUGUGCUCGUCCCCCGGGAAAGAUUCGUAGGCGCUUGAGGAGGAAUCUGCAAAUGCUGGAGCGCGCCGCUGCUGUCCUUCGGUUAAAAUCUGCCUUCUGAUAACAAGGAAGUGAAAACAAUGGGAGUGACUUACCUGUGGCAAAUCCUUGAGCCUGUGAGACAACCUGUCAACAUGAGUAAUCUCAGAGGGAAAACACUUGCUGUUGAUUUAAGUUUGUGGGUUUGUGAAGCACAGACUGUUAAAAAGAUGGUUGGAGUAGUUACCAAGCCACAUCUCAGAAACCUAUUUUUUCGGUUCUCAUUCUUUACAUCAAUGGGAAUUAAACUAGUGUUUGUCAUGGAGGGAGAGGCCCCCAGGCUGAAAGCAGACACCAUGAGCAAGAGGAAUGAGAUGCGCUAUGGGCCUUCAAAGAAAGCUGGAACUGUAAGAACAGGGAGAUCUUUAUUUAAAGCCAUGUUAAAAGAGUGUCUUGAACUGCUGGAGUGUUUAGGUGUCCCUUGGGUUCAAGCGGCUGGAGAAGCAGAGGCAAUGUGUGCUUACCUAAAUGCAAAAGGCCUUGUUGAUGGCUGCAUUACCAAUGAUGGAGAUGUUUUCUUGUAUGGAGCUCAAACAGUUUAUAGGAACUUUGCUAUGAAUGCUAAGGAUCCACAUCUUGACAGUUACACAAUGUCCUCUAUUAAAGAGAAACUCGGUUGUGACAGAGAGUCUUUGAUUGGGCUAGCAGUUCUUCUGGGCUGUGAUUAUCUUCCAAGGGGAGUUCCAGGAGUUGGGAAGGAACAAGCUUUAAAGUUAAUUGAGACUCUGCAAGGUCAAAACUUAUUGCAAAGGUUUGAGCAGUGGAAGGAACAAUUUCAGUAUGAUGAUAAUCCACAUUUGGUUGUUAAAAGGGUAAUUCACUGUUCAGAGUGCCAUCAUCCAGGAUCUUACAAGGAACAUGAGCACAAUGGAUGUAAAUUCUGUGAAAGCGUGAGGUACUGCAAACCCCGUGACUCCAAACACUGCUGCCCCUGUGCAUGGCAUCGGUGGGAGCGAGUGAAACAAGCACACGCAGUGGAGGACAGUAUCAGAAAAAAAGCCAUGAGUUGUGAGGGCUUUCCAUUUUCUGAGGUUAUCCAAGAGUUUCUUGUAAACAAGAAUAAAUUGAUCAACAUAAAGGAAUGUCAAAGGCCAAAUUUAUUGUCCUUUCAGCUGUUUGCUUCAGAGAAGAUGGAAUGGACCAAACAUUAUGCUUGUAAGAAGCUGUUAGCACUUUUGACACGUUAUGAUAUGAUCCAGAGAAAAUCUGGAUACAUUGACUCAAAACAACUGCAGGCAAUACGGAUUGUUAAGACACGUGUUAAAAAUGGAAUUCCUUGUUUUGAAAUUGAAUGGCAAAAACCAGAACAUUAUGUUGAUCCAGAAGAUGAGCCUGUGGAGUUGUUUGUAGUCACAGUAGAAGAAGAGUCUUUGUUUCAGGCUGCUUAUCCUGAUGUUGUUGCCCUCUAUCAAGUGCAAAAGUCAGACAUUCUUCAGAAGAAACAGAAAAAAAAGAAAGACAGAUUAGAAGAAAAGGAAUUACCAAAUUCUUAUGAUGAAAUUACCAGUCUUCUGUCUCAAAUUAAUUUAAAGUCUACACACAGAAUUCUUCCUGUGCAACACUCCGUGUCAGAUACAAAAGCUCCCCCAGAAGGUCAGACACAGCAGAGAAGUACUGGAUCAAAAGAUGUAGCAUUACCUUCAGCUACCUGCGUAACAACAGUUCAUGUGUCAGCAUCAGCAGCUGCUCUUGCUGAUUCAUCUGUGUCCUCAGAAUGCACUAAGUAUUCAGGGAUAUCAUCCUCUUCCUUUGUACCAGCUGGUCUGCAACUGAGCAGUACUGAUGGGAAAGGAGCGUCCUACAGCACUUCACCAGCCCAUGGAGGUGAUGACUGUGAUCCAGCAGCUGACUUAACCACAUGCAUAAAAUACUCACAACCACUAAAUCAUGAAACAGUAAGAAAUAGCUCAGAGUAUUCUGAUGUUAAACAGUCUGAUAUGCAUUUUGAUAGUGAAGAUGAUUUGUUCUCAAAUAAUGCUGUGGGACAGCUUCAGGAGUGGUGUUUAAGUGAGCGAAUACUUAAGAAGGCUCCCAUUCCAUCACAGCCUUUGUCUGAAGAUGCAGUGCAACUGGAAUCUUUGAAUUGUUUUAAACAAACAAAAGAAACAUUGAAUCCUGGUAGAAAUCAUGUCUCUUCCUCAUGUCAGUUAAAUAACCUUGUGCAGAAAAAUAAAAAUGUUCUAUCAGAAAACUCUGCGAGUGAAUCCAGCUUGCAUAUCUAUCAAGAUGCGUACAAAAAAGCUGACAUCCUGGCUGAAAUGGUGCAAAAACACCCUUAUAGAAGUGGUUCAGCAUCUCUAGCUUUCAGUGGGCAAACAACAGAGACACUUCAUCCUGGGUGUGAAAUGCUUCCAGUGUCUCAGAAGCCAGCAGAUGCAACUGGCUGUCACAUUAAAGAAGCUUGUAUUGAAACUACUUGGAAGGCUUCUUUUAAAAAGAGUGUCUGUCAGAACAGAUGCUCUUCUAGUGAAGACAGUGAUGAUGGGCACGUGGAUAAAAUCCUGGUUUAUGAGCAGCAGAAAAGGCAACUGAACCCUGGCCAAUUUAAAAAAUGUUUUACAAAGAAAAAGAGUAGCACUAUUUCUAGCAAAAGGACAAACAGUGACUCAGCCCUUACAAUUAAAGGGAAGAAGAAAAUGACCAAUUUAAAGAAAGCUGUUAACAGUUUCUCAGUGCAAGUAGCUCCAAAAUCAUCCUCUGUAGAAGUUAGUUGUUCCCAAAGUGUAGAGCAACCAAUUGAAAGAUUGGGUUCUAAUCCCACACAGCAAGAGAAAAGUGCAGAUCUGAAUUACGCAUGGGCAGACAGUCCCCUUCCCCUGUCUGAAAGACUGAAACGAAGAAUCAAAUAAAUUAGGUUCUCCAUAAAAUAGAUUAUGAUAGCAAUUAAUUAUCAGUUAACUUCCAUUCAUGAAGAGUUCUUUCUCAAAGUUUCUGCAGUAUGCUCUAUCAAUCUUACACGGACUCAGUUUUAAUGAAUAGGAAGUUCUGGCACUGGAGCUGAAGCUUGAAACUAAAAUGAUAACAAAAGUACCAAACAGUUGAUUGUAGGCAAGUACCAGUCAUUCUGCAUGUGUUUACAUUCUGAACUUGAUACAUAAGCAUCAGGAUAAAAUGUACAAGGAUGAGGGAGAUUUAUUUAAGAAAAAGGGUUUUUUUCCCAAUCAAUUGUGCAGAUUUUGUGUGCAGCUAUUAGUCUUGCUUACAAAAACACUUACUAGAACAGCACCUAGUCAAAGUGAUGCAGCGUUUUUAAACUGAAAUUCUCCAUUCUCCCCCACUAAUUUAAUUUUGCAAGUUUUGAAAUGGGGUUUGAAAUCCUGUUUCUGGUUGUGUUGACAAUCUCUGAAAGACCAGAUAGAGACACACAGCAGAUGUACCUUGCAGGGUAGCUAAAUUUAUAUCUGCCAUGACCCAUAAUAAGCUGUUCUUUGGGGUUGUGCCUCUUCCAAAGAGUGGAAUAAACCAUGUAAGGAUACUCUGGUGUUGUAGCUGUCAUAUCUAAUAUUUAAGGAAAUUUGAUGACUGAUUUAAUUAAAUUUAAUUAGGGCAUUUUCCUUAAAGAAAGUUGAAAUCCCAUCUAAAAUUCACUUCAUAAUAGAAUGAAAGUUAAAUUACAGAAAAUCUAAUUAUCAUAUUGUGGGUUCUUUGAAUAAUAUAAUGUUUGAGGUUUUUUAAAAAGGGAAACUUGAGUGCAAUUACAAUUUGCUUUGAAGUGCUCUUCUUACCUCUUUAUUGCAGAAGCAAUCUCUGUUCAUACACCAAAAAAAAUUGUCCUCAACAGUUGCCUGUUGAAAGAAUGCCUCCUUGGCUGUAUUAGGUGUUUGUAACUUUUUCUGUGCACCAGCCAGAAGGAAGACAAUUCUUGCCAAGACAUAUUGUUAACAAGAGAAAUUUAGAGUAUCUGUGCCUUAGUGAAAAUGUCAGUUCUUCAUCAUGGUCAAGGACCAAGUUUGGAAGCUGAAUUCCAGAUGUGUUUAAGGAAGAUGUAGGUAGCCUAUAGCUAAUGCAGUCUGUAAUUAAACAAAAUGGUAAUUUUGUUUACUCUGUAGGAAGAUGGAAGCAUUUUAUUUAUAAUUCAUUAUUCAAAUGAGAGAUGUAUUCUGGAAAUGAAAAAAAAAUCAAAAAUAUUGAAAACUUAUUUUCAGUUUUGAAGAUGGUCUUUGUCUUCUGGAGCCUCUUAAGCACCCAGCUAAUGUGAGAAGGUAUCUGGAAGAAUAAUGUUGUGAAGGAGAAUAAGAGUCACCUGGGAAUUUUAAAGGGAGAGAUUCAUAGCAUGACAGAAUGGUUUGGGUUGGAGGGGACCUUAAAAACAUCUAGUUCCAACCCCUGUGUGCUAUGGGCAGGGAACCAUUCCUUAUGCAGUGGUCAGUAAUGGAGAGAUCUGAGUGGGCUUUAUUUUGUGGAAAAAUGUUGGUUUUGGUUAUGUAUGACUUUUUUUUUUCCUUGAUGAUGAUUUUGAUUACUGAAAGUUGAAAUCAAGUGUUUAAAUUUUCAUUAAUAAAAAUGGCAACAUCAUGUGAACACACUUACUUUUGUUCCCUCCCAGAGUAUGGGAAUGUGCUCUUUAGUUGGGUGGAUCAUUCAAUUUCACCUACAAUGUGUGGAUUUCUGUGAUUUAGAGCUUUCUUUAGAAUUGGGGGCCAGAGUGGGUUUGGAGGGAAUUCCUUUGUUUUCCAAAUCUGUUUGAGAUGGCUCCUUUAAUGGAUGAGUAGGUGAAAAUACUGUCAGAAUUUUGUGAAUGAUGAAAAGUCAGAAAUGAGAUAUAUUAAGAACUGCAGAGGUAAAAAUACUAUGUUGCUGAUUUUUCCCGCUAAUUAAUUUGGUUUCACAAGUACAGUUCAAGCAUGAAAAGCAGAAAAUUCUAAUUCUCCAUUUUUUUCAUACAUAAUGCAUCUAAAUUUUAUGCCAAUUUUCUGCCACUACCUUAGAAGCAGCAAUAGAUGUGGGAAAAAAAAAACAAAAAACUGUGAAAUGCUCCCUCUAUUUAAGCCGUAGCUGCUUAUUGCAGUAAAUAAAAACAUUUAUCAUUGAGGGUGACUGCUUGAAUUAAACUUGUGAUUCAUUACAGAAGGGUAAUUACAGUUUUUAAAUUGUUUUGGUUUCUCGUCUUUAUGUAAUUUACUCAAUCUAAAGAUUAGGGAUAUUUUUUCUUUGGAGCUUUUUACUGUCCUGACUGCUUUGCAACCUCUCACACUUGUGAGAAUGAUGUUUAAGUAAAUUGAGGGGGUCUAACAUAACUUUCUUCUGCAGAGAAUGUUUCUCUAGGAUUAUGUUAAACUGCCUGUAAGAAUAAAUCAG